ACUACUGAAUCUACAACAACGUCUGCAGCAACGACUACACCUGAGAUGACAACAACAUCUGUGGUGAACCCAACAUCUGCAGUGACAACAGCAACUCCAGAGACAACAACAACAUCUGAAGUGACCCCAACAUCUGCACUGACAACAACUCCUGAGACAACAACAACAACUGCUGAGACAACAACAACAACAUCUGUGGUGACCCCAACAUCUGCAGCGACAACAACACCUGAGACUACAACAACUGGUGAGACAACAGCAACAUCUGUAGUGACCCCAACAUCUGAAACAACAACAACAUCUGCAGGCACAACAACAACAACUCCUGAGACAACAACAACAUCUGCAGGGAUAACAACAACUCCUGAGACAACAACAACAUCUGUAGUGACCCCAACAUCUGCAACAACAACAACCUCUGCAUGGACAACAACUCUUGAGACAACAACAACAUCUGUAGUGAGCCCUACAUUUGCAGUGACAACAACACCCGAGUCAACAACAGCAUCUACAGUGACAACAAUACCAACAUCUGCAGUGACCACAACAACACAUGAGACAACGAUAAUAUCUGCAGCAACAACACCUGGAACAUCAACAUUUACUGUGACAACACCUGAGACGACAACAACAACAACAGCAUCUACAGUGACAACAAUACCAACAUCUGCAGUGACCACAACAACACAUGAGACAACAACAGCAUCUGCAGUGACAACAAUACCUGAGACUACAAUGGCAACAUCUGAAACAACAUCUACCGCGGCAUCAACACUAGAGACAACAACAACAUCUGCUGUAUCAACAGUAACACCUGAGACAUCUGCAAUGACGACAAGAACAUCUGUAAUAACAACAACGCCUGAGACAACAGCAACAUCUGCAGUGCUAACACCUGAUACUGCAACAACACCUGCAUUAUCACCAACAUUUGUGCUGCCAUCAUCACCUGAUACAACGACAACAGCUGCAGCACUGCAACAAUCAACACUUGUGGCGUCCACAGCAACACCUACACCAACAACAUCAACAACUGCAACACCAACAGCGGCAUCUGUACCACCUUCAACAGCAACAUCUGCAACACCUACAACAUCAACAUCUGCAACCCCUACAACAACAGCUGCAACAACAACUAAUACAACUGCAACACCUACAACAACAACAACAACAACAUCAACAACUGCAACAUCUCCAACAACAACACCUGCAACAACAUUUGAAACACCUACAACAACAACAACAUCUCCAACAACAACACCUGAAACACCUACAACAAACACCUGCAACAACAUUUGA